AUGGGUUCCGAGAAACGAAGCAAAGAAGAAAUUGAACAAGAGGAAAUAAAGAGACCUCGCCUGGAUGAGCAGCCGAGUGCCAAAACUAGUUCGAGCUCCCUGUACUUAGAUACAAUAAACCGUCAUAUGUUAGACUUUGAUUUUGAGAAAGUUUGUUCAGUUUCUUUAUCAAAUCUAAAUGUAUACGCUUGUCUGGUGUGCGGUAAAUACUUUCAAGGACGCGGACGCAAUUCACACGCCUACUUUCACAGUUUGCAUGAAGAUCAUCACGUCUUCAUUCAUCUACAUGAGUUAACCGUAUACGUUUUACCUGACGGAUAUGAGGUCAAGGAUUCUUCCUUAGACGAUAUCAGGUAUGUGCUUCAUCCAACAUUCACUAAAGAGCAAGUCUCUCAGUUGGAUCAGAAUAUCAAGCAUUCGUAUGAUUUAAAUAACAAAAAGUAUUUACCAGGAUUUGUCGGUCUCAAUAACGUUAAGGCUAACGAUUAUGUCAACGUGAUAAUACAAACAUUGGCACACAUUCCUCCACUUCGAGACUACUUCAUCCUGCAAAAUCUUGACAAAAAGUCACAAUUAGUUCAACGAUUUAGUACUCUUGUUCGAAAAAUUUGGAAUCCGAGAGCUUUCAAAGGUCAAGUUAGUCCUCACGAGUUACUCCAGGAAAUUUCUAAUGCCAGCAACAAACGUUUUAAACUUUCCGAACAAAGUGACCCAAUUGAUUUCAUGUGUUGGUUUUUGAACUCUCUGCACAGAGACCUUGGCGGAACAAAAAAAUCAAAUAGCAGUAUAAUUCACAUGAUAUUUCAGGGAGAAGUUAAGGUCGAAUCUCAAUCGGUGAUUGUAAAAUCGGACGCUGAUGAAAAAGAUCGUCUGUUUUUCGAUGUUGAUCGAGAAAUCAUGACAACAAAGUCACCAUUUAUUUUAUUGAGCUUGGAUUUGCCACCACCGCCAUUGUUCCAAGAUGAAGUCGAAAAGAAUAUCAUUCCACAAAUCGCGUUAACAACAAUACUCUCGAAAUAUGAUGGUCGCACUUUCCAGGAAUCGUCUGGGAUGUUAAGAAGGUCACAGCUGAUUCGCCUUCCCAACUAUCUCAUCUUUCACAUCAAACGUUUUACCAAAAACAAUUGGGCCGCCGAAAAGAACCCAACGAUUGUUAAUUUCCCUAUAAAAAAUUUGGAUAUGCGAGAAUAUCUAGAAAACCCGGACGAAGAAAAGCUUGGCACUUAUUAUGACUUGAUUGCUAAUAUUUGUCACGAAGGGAAACCGGGAAAGGGAAAGGGAACAUACAAAGUGCACAUUCAACAUCGCGGUUCUAAAGAUCAAUGGUUCCAAAUCCAGGACUUGAUCGUUGAGGAAAUUAACGCCCACAUGAUAUUUCUGUCUGAAAGUUACAUUCAGGUUUGGGAAAGGAAGGAUCAGAAUAUGAACAUGGAAAUAGAUUAG